AUGAGUCGUUUAGCGGGCUGGUUCCGCGGAGGCGCCGCCGCCAAGGCUGACGAUGCGAGCGACACCAGCUCGACCAGGGACAAUGUCGCUAAAGAGAUGGAGGAUAUCGACGAUGCCAUGAACUCGGCCGGACUCAUCAUGAACGAUGACAUUGAUGGAGCUUGGGAGCGACUGCAGACGGGCGAUUCAUCUUUUCAUCAGCUGGGUCUUGCUGUGACUAUCUUUAUGCGAUCGGUCCUCGGCUUUGAGAAGGCCGUCAUGACGGAGACGACAACCAAGCUGGAUGAAUGUGAGGCCAGGGCUUGGGCUGACUAUAAAAAGGCACAGAAGCAUGGAAAGGCGAGGGCUGGAAGCAAGUUGUAUCCCCCAGGAACCGAGUAUGAGCUUGUGCGCGCUGAGACACAGCUCAUGGGCGCCGUCGUUGGUGUUCUCCACGAGAGUCUCAUCGACGCCAUGAAGAGUUUCCUCAAACUCCGCAAGGCAUUCAUCACCCUCGACGCAAUCAUUGAAGCCGAGAACAAGACGCUGGGAAACAAACCCGAGGGACAAUCGCAGGCGUCAUUAUCUGCCAAGGCAACGGAUGACGGCUCUAGCAGCAUGGAGAAGCUCGAGAUUGAGUCCAAGAGCGGCGAUGGAUCUUCCGGAACGCAAACACCAUCAAACCUGGAAUCUUCCAGUUCUUCGACAACGACUCCAGGAACCAGCACUGAAGACGAGAAGCUCGACGAGGGAGCGCCGCUGAAGGAGGCUAGGUCAAAGCCCACUGAGUCCGACACUGUUCUUCUCGAGAACCCCCUCGACGUCUUUGUCCACUCGGGCGCAAACAUGUGCUUUGGACUUAUUCUUCUCAUGCUGACCCUCGUUCCCCCCGCCUUUUCUCGAAUUCUAUCGGUUGUUGGGUUCCGAGGAGAUCGCGAGCGAGGCGUUCGUAUGCUCUGGCGGUCUACCGCUUACGCCAAUGUGAACGGCGCUAUUGCUGGUCUGGUUCUGCUGUCAUACUACAACGCCCUUCUCGGAGCCGUGGAUAUCCUCCCUGAUGAAAAGGAUUUUGACGAAGGUGCUGAGAUCGUUGGUCCUCCUCGAGAGAAAUGCGAUAAGCUCUUGGCAUCCAUGCGAGCGCGGUACCCAGACUCGAGACUGUGGAAGGUUGAGGAGGCUAGACAACACGGCAACGAGCAGGAACUCCCCAAGGCCAUCGAGGUCCUCACGACGGGUGGCGAGUCCAAGAUGAAGCAGGUUGCGGCACUCAACAACUUUGAGCUCUCCAUCAACGCCAUGGCUAUCCAGAACUGGCCACUCAUGCGAGACUCGUUCCUGCAUUGUCUUGAGGUCAACGACUGGAGUCCCGCCCUGUACUACUAUAUGGCUGGUAUCGCGUCCCUCGAACUGUACCGCAACGCGAUUGAGGCGGGUGACGAGGGCGAAGCGAGAAGACAAAAGGUCAAGACAGAAGAGUUCUUCCGCAAAGCACCCGGCGUCGCCGGCAAGAAGCGUUUCAUGGCGCGACAGCUACCCUUCGAAGUAUUCAUCCAGCGCAAGAUCCAGAAGUGGGAGGACCGCGUAAAGGAGCACAAAGUCGACCUAGCCGAUGCGAUCGGCGUGAGUCCGGCGCUCGAGAUGUGCUACCUGUGGAACAUGGUCAAGCGCAUGGCACCUGCGGAACUCGAGACUGCUAGACACGCCAUGCGAUGGGAGAGGUGUACGGCUAAGCCCGAGGUUGUGGAGAAGAUGAAGGAGGAGCUUGAUGAGAUGGGGUCGUGGGCGCUUAUUUGUGCGUCGCUGUUUAGACAGGGCAAGAGGUUUGAAGAGGCGAGAGAGCUUCUGGAGACGCAUGUUCUCAAGCAUGACCGAUCAGUAUUCAAGGGCCCAACAAAAGACGACUACGUCCUCGCGGCGGGAACAUACGAAAAGGGCGCCAUCGCAUGGGGAGAAUGCUGCAACCCUCCCGAAGGCACCGUCGAAGAGGUCGCCAAGUACAGGAGGGAAAAGUACGACGAGUGUCUGCGGCAGAUGGACGUUGCCAAGGUCUGGGAGGCGUUUGUACUUGAUGCGAGAAUUGGCAUGAGGGUGCAGAGUGGACUGGAGACGUUGAGCUGGUUUGGCAAGAAGAUGGGAUACUCAUAG